AUGCCCUUUACUUUCCCGACCGAUGUUAGUAAUUCUACAGAUAUAGUCGUGAAUCAACGUCGAUCUCACCGAACGCAUCAGGCUGACUCCUCGGCUAGUAUUCUUCUUACCCCCAGAGAGUUGGUUUCAUUGAGAUAUUUGGUGAUUAUUACCAGUUCCAUCUCUCUCGUCUUCUGUUUUGCCACUGUGUUUCUACGAUUAUUUCGACGAUGGUAUCAACGCAAAGCAAUCACUUUUCGUGAUCAAAUUCAUAUUACCCUCUUUGUCGUCCUUUUUUUUCGUUCCAUCAUUCAAUUCGUUCACCCUGCUUUCACCGUCCACAGACCGUAUUAUUGGGACCCUGCCAGUCGAUGCUUUACGUUGGGUUUUUUUCUAUUAGUCAUGAUUCGGAUGUCAGAUUACUGGAUUUUAAUUAAUGUCAUUCACAAUGCGUUUCUUGUGCUUAACCCUGUGUCUAUUGAUGUGGAUCGCGGCGGGAUUUAUCGCUUUCGACAUACCGUAUAUGUGUUGUCCAUUGUCUUUCCAUUAACAGUCGGAGCUCUUGCUUUCAUAAAUGAAAAGAAUACGUUUGUUAAUUUUCAAACCCGAUGCUUUCUUCCGUUUCGACCAGUUCGCUUCUACUGGGCCCUUAGUUGGGGAUUCGAUUACCUACUUACAGCAAUCAUCUUUACACUUCAUAUGUGUAUGUUUAUUUCCAUUCGAAGAAAAAUAAAGCAGUUUCAGAAUACUUCCCGUGAUAAUCCGGAUAUUUUUUGUACAGACGAUCUUGAGACCGGCCCUCGCAGCCCUUCUCAAGUUGUGUUACCCCCUUACUUGGAAAAUCUAUCCUCCUCCUCUUCCUCUUCCUCUUCCUCCUCUCCGCAUUCCCAACGAAUUCCUAAUCGCAUUAAUGAUACGUUUGAUUACGCUCAUAAUCCCUCUCCCUCUCCUAAUCCUCAACCCCCUGCAUUGCCAUCCGAUGCACACCAGCAUUCCUAUCUUUCACCUAAUAUGUACAAUCAUCCUAAUCCUUCAUUAUCCAAUGCAUUUGAAAACUCCGAAAACCGACAAACGUUUGAAUUGACUUCUGAACUUCAAAAUGAAUUUGACCAAGUUCUUGAAAACAGCCAGCAUAACGAUGAUACAGUUAAUAGUGCAAUGGCUUAUUACGAAAAAGACCUGCGUGGGAAUCCGCUAAUAAAACAAAGGAAACGUGUCUUACGACAAUCAAAAUUCCUUUUUGCAUAUCCCGCAGUCUUUUUCAUAAUGUGGUUCCUUCCUCAGCUUCGUUAUGUCGUUACUUUGGCAAAUAGCAAAAAUGAAUGCGGCGGCUACUGUAAAGGUUUUGCUUAUGUCGCUAUAUUUUGCGAUAAUUUCGUUGCUAUAUUUUUGACCCUUUGUGAUUUGGUGUUUGCGUGCUACCAAGGCACUACAAAUUUUUUCAAGAAAAAGAAAUAUAUUUUAGUUGUGGAUUUUCUAAAAAAACCUUUUAAUCGAAUGCACUAUGCUGUGCAUGAAAAAGCCUAA